GUUUAAUAAGGUUAUUAAAUUGACUAACUGCAGCUGCUGAAGCAAUUUUCCUAGGAAAUCCAUAUGAUUCUAGGUAAGGGGCUGUGGAACCGUCCUCUGUGGCUGACAGCCUGUCAACAUUCCUUUGAAGGAUGGCGGGCAGUGUCGUGACGGAUGCGUCUAAUUAAGAGAUUAGAGGUGAACCUUGGCUUCCUGGGUGUGCUAUUUGUAGCUGAGAGUAUGGGGAAACUUCACUAAUUCCUACUAAUUGCAGAGUGGGGGAGGAAGAGACCCAUGUGAAUUAUAGAAUAUUUUAAAAUAAAUGUACUUUUAUUACUUUCAAGUACAUAUUUUAACUCCAACUAGGCUAACAAAUUGUUGCCUGGUACAAGUCUUAGGGGACUAAGUUAUUGAAGCUAUCAGAAGGAUUUUCAAUUAUUUCUAUGUAAAUAGGUGCUUCUGGAGUUCUUUAGGGUGCUAGAAAACAGUUUGUUCUCCCAGAUCUUAAACAUUGCUCUUGUAUCCUUAUGCUGUUAAUUGGCACAUCCUUAGAGGAAGGGGUUUGUUAAAUUAAGAUAAACUUUAGACCAGCUGCUAAAUAACUUAUCAUUAAUUCAUGGAGCCCAAGAACCCAAGUAGAUGAGGUUUUAAUUUCAAAUGAAGUUUGAUUUUCCUUUCUUGAAGGCAGUUUGUUUAUUCCUGCAGGCAUUUAUUUAUUCAUUAAAUGAUACUAAUGGAAGGCAUUGGAUGUAGGAGGCAUUCAAGUCUUACAAGACAGCCUAAGCUCCCCUACAGGAGUUUAGCGUCUGCUAGAGGAGGCCUACAGGAAUUUGUAAGUGUCUGGGUUCGAGAUCCUAGGAUUCAGAAGGAGGACUUCUGGCAUUCUUACAUUGACUAUGAGAUAUGUAUUCAUACUAAUAGCAUGUGUUUUACAAUGAAAACAUCCUGUGUACGAAGAAGAUACAGAGAAUUCGUGUGGCUGAGGCAGAGACUCCAAAGCAAUGCGUUGCUGGUACAACUGCCAGAACUUCCAUCUAAAAACCUAUUUUUCAACAUGAACAAUCGCCAGCAUGUGGAUCAGCGUCGCCAGGGUCUGGAAGAUUUCCUCAGAAAAGUCCUACAGAAUGCACUUUUGCUUUCAGAUAGCAGCCUUCACCUCUUCUUACAGAGCCAUCUGAAUUCAGAAGACAUUGAGGCGUGUGUUUCUGGGCAGACUAAGUACUCUGUGGAAGAAGCAAUUCACAAGUUUGCCUUAAUGAACAGACGUUUCCCUGAAGAAGAUGAAGAAGGAAAAAAAGAAAAUGAUAUAGAUUAUGAUUCAGAAAGUUCAUCCUCUGGGCUUGGACACAGUAGUGAUGACAGCAGUUCACAUGGAUGUAAAGUAAAUACAGCUCCGCAGGAAUCCUGAAAAAUAAUUCUAAUGUUACUAUCUUAGGAAUAGCAAAUUAUGUCCAGUCAUAGAGAAGAAAGCUUUAUAAUAAUACAUUCUUACUUAAAGCUCACUGUCAUGAUGUUAGGUAUUUAAAUUCUUAAAGAUGUUGGGUUGUUUAUUAGUGGUAUUUUUAUGUUGUCUUAUUUUAGGUAAGCUUCUGUGUAAAGCUAAAAAUCCUGUGAAUGCAAUACUAUCCUUUACAGGCAGACAUUAUUGGUAAACAAGAUCUUGCCCUCCAAUGAAAUGACUUACAUGUUUUAAAAAACCUAGUUGGUUUUAUUGAAUUUAAAAAGAUAGGUAACUAAGUAGCAUUUAAAAUCAAGAUAGAGCAUUCCUUCUUGUAUCAGUGGGGCAGUGUUACCGUAAACACGGUGUAUAUGUUGUUAAACCCUGUGAAGAGUGACAGUGUAGACUAGACUGCCUCUCUCAGACGUGUGGCUGAUAUUUUGUGGAUACCUCCCGUGCACUGGCAAAACACCAUGCUUUUGGGUGUUCGACUGAAAUAUUUUAAGAGUAUUUAACCUUUCCAGUAUUCUGUUUCACGCUUAGAUGGAAAUGUAUCUUAUGAAUAGAGACAUAUUAAAAUAAUGUUUACAUCUUAGAAAACACAUAGAUAGUGCUAGUAAUAUUACUUAUAAUUACAAUAUAUAGAUUCAGAAAUACAUUUUCAUUGUCCAAAAUCAGCUUCAACAAAUGGUUUCUGGAGACAAAUAAUUUGUUUUCAUUAUCAUUGUAUAAUCAGGUUAAUGAUUUAUUUUUUGACUAAAUGUGCAAUUUCUUAUCACUAGAUAACUGUCAGUAUCAGUAGUGGUUACUUAUUACUUAGAGGAAGGAUUUUAUAAAGAUUAAUAAAUUUAAUUUUACCAAUAAAUAUUCCCAUAAUUUAGAAAAGGUUGUCGACUUGCUAAUUUCAGAAAUAAUUAUUCAUGUUUAAAAAGCCCCUUCUUUUAAAGCAUCUACUUGAAGAUUGGUAUAAUUUUCAUAAAAUGUCUUUUUUUUUAGUGUCCCAAAGAUAUCUUAGAUAAACUAUUUUGAAGUUCAGAUUUCAGAAGAGGCAACAUUUUCUUGAGAUAAUUACCCAAGUUUCAUCCAUGUUGAAUGGUACAAAAUAUUUCUGUGAAACUAACAGGAAGAUAUUUUCAGAUAACUAGGAUAACUUGUUGCUUUGUUACCCAGCCUAAUUGAAGAGUGGCAAAGGCUACUACAAAAAGCAACCUUUUCAUUUUCACUAGGAGUUUAAAAGCUAUUGUAUUAUUAAAAAGUCUUUACAAUGCUUGUUUCAAAGAACCAACAGAAAAAAAAGCUAAGAAAACUAAGAACUAACAUUUAAAAAAUUAAAUUUAGAAUAAGAAUGAUUUCUUUAAUUUGUCCUUUUUUUCUUUGGUCUAAAACAUUAUUAAAUUUUUGUAAAUAUUUUGAUUUAGUGUGUCUUAGAUGCUCAUUAUUUUAAUACAGGAAAAGAAAAGAUUUAGUAAUUUCUUACCAUGCUAAUAAGUAAAGUUUAUGCCAUCCAGACAUUUAAGAGCGAUCCUCAUCCCUUCAGCAAUAUGUAUUUGCUAUUUCUGUUUUACAGCAGUUUUGAAAAACACAUACUGUGCUACCAAUUGUCAUAUUAUUUUUAGAUGAUGUAACAUAGCCAUCAAAAUUAAUAUUAAGUAAUGCCUAAUACUUAGUAUGUAAAUGUCAUGAGAUCAUUUUUACAUUAAACGUGAAAAAAAAUCAA